UGCACCUUUGACUAGUAGUGUUAAGACAUUUACCAUGAGAGGAAUCACCGAAAAUGCAGUGAGGGACAUCUUCGAACACAUCAAGAAUAAAGGCACCAUAGUUGACAAGCCACAGGAAGAAAUUGUUGAGAAUGGCGAACAUUUGAGGCACUUAAUUGGAAUUGUGAAGACCAUAGAAAGCAGCCUCCGGAAGAGUUCAGGGUCUGUGAGGGCUUUUGGAGCGAGUUUGAACCUUGUGGACCUUGCUGGAAGUGAACGCGCCUCCCAAACAAAUGCAGAUGGUGAAAGAUUGAAGAAAGGCAGUCACAUUAACUGUAGCUUGUUGACGCUCACAACCGUUACAGGAAGCGAAGCGGUGGAAAAAGAAGUGGUCACAUACCAUAUAGGGAUUCAAAACUUACUCGACUACUGCAGUCUUCACUUGGGGGAAAUGCUCGGACAGCCAUUAUAUGCACCAUUAGCCCAGCCUUGAGUCAUGUAGAGCAAACAAGGAACACACUCUCGUCCGGAGAGAAAUGCUGACAGCGGACGAGAGAGAAAUGCUGUACGCGAAAUGGGUGAUUCCAUCCGGACGGAAACAGAGUAGGCUGCAGCUGGUGAACAAGUUGUGGACACACCCCCAUAACAUGCAAAACGUGCAGGAAAGCGCUGAAGUUGUUGCGAAGCUGGUAGGCUUCUGAAAAUCGGGUGAGCACAUUAGCAAGGGUAUGUUUGAACUGAAUUACCCGUCGGAUAAGAAGACGUGGAUGGGGUGGAACUUGAUAUCAAAUCUUUUGAUUCUGUAAACAAGAACUCAAGUGGUUUCUGUUCACUGUUGUUGCAAAUGAAGGUUUUGUUGUGUACAUUUUUGUCACGGUCAGGAAUUGCCAUGUAUGUAUUACUUUGAUGCAAUGAAUGUAAAGGGUUAUUUUACUA